CGCGCUCGCCAGCGGUCCAGGGCGGCAGUCCUGUGAGCUCGGCGAUGGGGAGCGGCGGCGUGAUCCAUUGUAGGUGUGCCAAGUGCUUCUGUUAUCCCACCAAGAGAAGAGUCAAAAGAAGACCCCGGAACUUAACCAUCCUGAGCCUCCCAGAAGAUGUGCUCUUCCAUAUCCUCAAGUGGCUUUCCGUUGGGGACAUCCUUGCUGUCCGAGCCGUACACUCCCAUCUCAAGUACCUGGUGGACAACCAUGCCAGUGUAUGGGCAUCUGCCAGCUUCCAAGAGCUGUGGCCUUCUCCGCAGAACCUGAAGCUCUUUGAAAGGGCUGCCGAAAAGGGAAAUUUUGAAGCUGCUGUGAAGUUGGGGAUCGCCUACCUCUACAAUGAAGGCUUAUCUGUGGCUGAUGAGGCCUGUGCAGAAGUGAAUGGCCUGAAGGCCUCUCGCUUCUUCAGUAUGGCUGAGAGAUUGAAUGUGGGCUCUGAGCCCUUCAUCUGGCUCUUCAUCCGCCCACCAUGGUCAGUGUCGGGAAGCUGCUGCAAGGCCGUGGUCCAUGACAGCCUCAGGGCGGAGUGUCAGUUACAAAGAACUCAUAAAGCUUCCAUACUUCACUGUUUGGGAAGAGUGCUGAAUCUUUUUGAGGAUGAAGAGAAGAAGAAGCAGGCUCGUAACCUUUUUGAGGAGGCUGCUCGCCAGGGAUGCUUGGCCAGUUCAUACCUCCUUUGGGAAAGCGACAGGAAGACGGAUACGUCUGAUCCUGGACGAUGCCUCCACAGCUUCCGGAAACUCAGGGACUACGCUGCCAAAGGCUGCUGGGAAGCGCAGCUGGCUUUGGCCAAGGCCUGUGCAGGGGGAAGCCAGCUUGGCCUAGAAGGGAAAGCCUGCGCUGAAACAGUGUGCCAGCUUUUCCAGGCCUCCCAGGCUGUCAACAAGCAGAAAAUUUUCUCUGUGCAGAAGGGGCUCAGUGACACCAUGAGGUACAUUCUAAUCGACUGGUUGGUGGAAGUCGCCACGAUGAAGGACUUCACGAGCCUGUGUCUCCACCUCACAGUGGAGUGUGUAGACCGGUACUUGCGGAGGAGGCUCGUACCCAGAUUCAAGCUCCAGCUUCUGGGCAUUGCCUGCAUGGUCAUCUGUACCAGGUUCAUCAGCAAAGAGAUUCUGACAAUCAGAGAGGCUGUGUGGCUCACUGACAACACAUACAAGUAUGAGGACUUGGUACGGAUGAUGGGAGAGAUCAUCUCCGCCCUGGAAGGGAAGAUUCGAAUCCCUACCGUGGUUGACUAUAAGGAGGUCCUGCUGACGCUGGUUCCUGUCGCACCCAGAACCCAGCACCUCUGCAGCUUCCUGUGUGAGCUCUCCCUGCUGCACACCAGCCUGUCCGUCUACGCCCCGGCCCGCCUGGCCUCUGCAGCCCUGCUCCUCGCCAGGCUGAUGCAUGGGCAGACUCAGCCCUGGACCACUCAGCUGUGGGACCUCACUGGGUUCUCUUACAACGACCUCACGCCCUGUGUCUUGAGCCUUCAUAAAAAGUGUUUCCAUGAUGAUGCACCCAAAGACUACAGACAAGUCUCCCUGACUGCCGUGAAGCAGCGCUUUGAGGAGAAGUGCUAUGAGGAAAUCAGCCAGGAGGAGGUACUGAGCUAUGCCGAAUUGUGCACCGCAUUGGGAGUGAAACAGGAGAGCCCAGAGCCCCCGUCUUUCCCUGGCACAGGGGAGAUCCACAGCUUCCUCAGCUCCCCCUCUGGGAGGAGGAGCAAACGGAAGCGGGAGAACAGCCUUCAGGAGGACAGGGGCAGCUUUGUCACCACGCCCACCGCAGAGCUCUCGAGUCAGGAGGAGACGCUGCUGGGCAGCCUUCUGGACUGGAGCCUGGACUGCUUCUCCGGCUACGAAGGAGACCAGGAGAGCGAAGGCGAGAAGGAGGGUGACGUCACGGCUCCCAGCGGACUCCUUGAUGUCACUGUGGUCUAUCUGAACCCAGAACAGCACUGCUGCCAGGAGUCCAGCGACGAGGAGGCCUGGCCAGAGGACAAGGGCCACCAAGCACUGGGCACCCAGGCGCCUCCACCCUCAGCUCCCAGGCCCCUUCUCUGCAGCAGGGCGGGUCCGGGCAAGGACAUCACAACCUCAGGAUACUCCUCUGUCAGCAGCGCGAGUCCCGGGAGCUCCCUGGAUGGCGGCCUGGGGGCCUCUCCCCGAUCUACCUCAGUGCUGUCUGUGGGCAGCAACUCAGACACGAAGGCUUGCCACCAUCAGGCCAAGAAGUCAUGUUUACAGUGUCGCCCCCCAGCCCCCCUGGAGAGCGGUGUCCUCCGGCAACGGGUGAAGCGCCAGAACCUAUCCACGCACAGCGACGAGGACACGAACUUGGGCUUCCUGAAGCUCUGAGCGUGUUGGCGUCUGCCGUGGUGAAUGUUUACCGAGGGCGGGCUGCUGCUUCACUGGGACACUGCAGAUGGGUGCUGUGUAGAGCCCAGAAGGGCGGAAGAUCCUGUAGGGGCGUUCAGUGUGAGCUGUCAGAACUUGACGCUCGGGAAAAAGCAGUGGAGCAGCAGCCAUGCCACACCUGUGAAGCCCACCCCUCCCUACCCUUCUGUGUCCUGCUGGCUCUGGGAGCAUGAGCCUCUGUGGUGGCAUUCACAAUCCCAGGCCAGGAGUGGUCAGCUUCCUUUGAAUACUAGAGGCCCAGGUAUCGGAACACAGUUCAAAGCCCUGCUGGCAAGUCUUGUUUUAGACCAGUAGGGAGCUCUCAUCUGAGUACAGCACUGUCCCCUCACCCCCUUCAACCUAGGGAGCCUGUGUGUGUCUCCUCCCCAUCCCCCACCCCAUAUCAGUGUUGGCUACAGCCUAAUGGGCAGGUGUGAGGCCCUUGAAUCUGGGUCUACAGGCCCCCCUCCCUCAGGCACUUUGAGCUUAUCUUCAAAAUCUGUCCUUUCAGAGUGGUUUGUCUGUGUCCCCUUGUAUCCAUGUGACUGUCUUUCUGCACUGAAUUUCUAGGCCAUCCUUUCCCCUUCUUUGUUUCUAGGUUUCUUCCAAUGGGAAAAAAAUUUUUUUUUUAAAUAGAGAGUAUUAAAUAAAAAAAGAUAACAAAGUCCCAA